UUUCUAAGCCAGGAACAUCCUCAGGAUGGACCUUGUCCUUCUCUGUGUGUUCCUGCCUCUGGUGACCGUGGCAUGGGGCCAGUACGGUGACUAUUACUAUGGUCCCUAUAACUACGGAGAUAAUGAUGAAUGGGUCAAUGUGUACCGCCAGGGUUUCAACUUCCAAUGCCCACACGGGCAGGUGAUCGUGGCUAUCAGGAGUGUUUUCAACAAGAAGGAAGGCUCCGACAGACUGUGGAACUACGCCUGCAUGCCGGCGGCCCAGAGCCUCGGUGAGCCGACAGAGUGCUGGUGGGAAGAGAUCAACAGGGCAGGAACUGAAUGGUAUCAAACCUGCUCAAACAAUGGGCUGGUGGCUGGUUUCCAGAGUCAGUAUUUUCCAUCUGUGCUUGACCGUGAAUGGCAAUUUUACUGCUGCCGCUAUAGCCGGAGAUGCCCGUAUUCAUGCUGGUUAACAACAGAAUAUCCGGGACACUAUGGAGAAGAUAUGGACAUGAUGAUGUACACUUAUGACCAUUACAUCCGUGGGGCAACCACAACUUUCUCUGCUGUGGACAGGGAUCGUCAGUGGAAAUUCAUUGUCUGCAGGAUGACAGAGUAUGACUGCCCAUUUCAAAAUGUUUAAAAAGAUCGAGUUUACUCAACUUGGAAAGCUUGGGGAUGGACAGGGUGGGAUGAGGCUCAGUGAUUACGGGAGAAGGGCAAUUAGGCUCACAAAAAAAGUACCAAGACUCAUCAGCUGUCUGCUGAAGAUACAAUUCUUUCCCUCUGGAGCUAUUAAAUAAAUUGCCAGCCCACGUGCUUGCAACAGCGAUUUUGGAGGAUUCCUUCAAGCUGCACUGGCAGUUGUAUCCCCUGACUAAAAUUGCUUACAACAUACACGUUUAUGAUACACAAGUCUGUGGCAUAUGCAGUUACCUUUUUUAUAUAUACAUAUAGCCAUUCUGAACACAUACAACCUUCUUUCACAUAGCAACUUCAUAUAAAUUGCUUCCCAGCACAGUCACUCUGAAUGAGGUGGAAACAUACUAUAAGCUUUCCAACAUCCACUAGACUUUCCUGUCUCUACUUUGUACUUGGAACCAACCCAGUGAUCCCUACCAGCUUCUCAGCGUUUAGUAGCUGAAAGUGUGCUGAAAGCAGCAUCAGGAGGUCUCUGACGUACUGCAUCUGGCGUUACCCAUUACAGCCCUCAGCAUAACUCCAUUGCAACAAACGUCUGCCUGCACAGGAGAAUUCCAGGUAUUUACAACACUGGAAGACAUCAAUACCUGAUUAAAAUGAGAGUAGGUCCAUCAAUAAAAACAGAAGUCUAACCCAGCUUUACUGAGAGUCUCUUUUUUAUUGUCUUAAAAGUCUCUAAUGACAUAACUAGCUAGGAGCUCUACUCUGGGCAAACCCAGGAGUAGGUGAGGCCACUUGCACUCUCAGUAAAUAUGUAUACUGCACUUGUCAGGAGUCUACUUUUCAGGUAGAUUGGGUUUCCACUAUGGGUGCCUGUACAACGUCCAUCUGCCCUUGGUAAUAUAUUCUUGGCUUAGAACAGACAAAUAAAGCUAAUGACUUAGGUGACCUCAGUUCCUCCAACUUUUAGAUCUCAUUCCCUGUAAAGGAUAAGCUGACCAUGUUUCAAGACUGCACAGCACUUGUGCAGCUGUAAUUCAACAAGAAAAACUAUUGAUCUCUUCCAGGAAGAUCUGAGGUAGGAUUUUUGCUCUUGAACAAACCAGAAGUUAGGGCGCAGUUUCUUAGCUGAUGAAGUCGAUGGUAAACUAGCAAUGGCUCUGGCAGUGCUGGCUCAAGGGCCAUGAUGACCGUGUGUACCAAUUUAACGUUGUAAAGCUCCAUAGGAAACAGUGGUGUCAGCCAGUCAGUUUCCAUGUUCCAAGCAUUUUUAACAUAUUUACUAGCAUACCUUCAAGUGUGAGCAUUAAAACUACAUUUGUCUAAUAAAAGAAUAAUAGGUUUUGCAUUG